AGGGCACCCAGCUCCUGGCGCCAAGGAGAAGCUGCCGCCAGUGGCACUGCCCAAGAAACCGCGUCUGGAGCAGAGAGGAAACGUCAGCAAGAGUCCCAGCGGGGUGAGAAAGCCCGCGAGGAGUGAGGCAGGCCUCACCCAUAGGGAAGAAAGGAAAGAGCAAAGGAAGCUGCUCUGCAAAAAGGACAGCAAAGCUCCCAAACUGGUGAAGAAGAUACAAGCAGAGUUAUUCCCUGACUGCUCUGGGAACAUUAAGCUGUGUUGCCAGUUUGGCGACAUCCAUGGCGACUCCACCAUUACCUGGACCAAGGAUUCCAAGUUACUUGCUCGACUGCAGAGAAGUGCCCAGGAUGACUCUCCCAUCUCUUUGGCAAUAGCUAAAGCUAGUAGCAAAGACCAGGGAAUGUAUUAUUGCUGUUUGAAGAAUAUUUAUGGAAAGGUGACUGCUGAAUUUAAUCUGACUUCUGAAGUUUUGGAACAUCUCUCAAGUUUUCAGAAUUUUGAGGGUCUGGAAGAAAUCGAAUUCAUGCAGCUCAUGUUUCGAGAGGAUUCCAUCAGCGAGAGCUACUUCGGCGGGAACCUGCGCGGCGCCAUCGCCACGGAGGAGCUGCACUUCGGCGAGGGCAUGCACCGCAAGGCCUUCCGCAGCAGGGUGCUGCGCGGCCUCGUGCCGCUCUUCAGCCCCGGCCACCCCUGCGUGCUCAAAGUGCACAGCGCCAUCAUGUACGGCACCAGGAGCAAGGACGACCUGGUUCAGAAGAACUACAAGCUGGCACUGCAGGAGUGCUAUGUCCAAAAUACGGCAAGAGAGUAUGCGAAGAUAUAUGCAGCAGAAGCUGAACCUUUGGAAGGCUUUGGGGAAGUACCAGAGAUCAUUCCUAUUUUUCUUGUUCAUCGCCCUGCAAAUAACAUCCCCUAUGCCACGGUGGAGGAGGAGCUGGUGGGAGAAUUUGUGAAGUACUCCGUCAAGGAUGGCAAGGAGAUCAAUUUCUUGCGCAGAGACUCAGAGGCUGGCCAGAAGUGCUGCACCUUCCAGCACUGGCUGUACGAGAGGACCAACGGGGGCUUGCUCGUCACAGACCUGCAAGGUGUAGGAAUGAAGCUGACUGACGUUGGCAUAGCAACAUUGACCAAGGGAUACAAUGGUUUUAAAGGCAACUGCUCCGUUUCCUUCAUUGAGCAGUUCAAAGUCCUUCACCAGUGCAAUAAGUACUGUGAGAUGCUGGGGUUGAAAUCUCUCCAAUCCACUCAUCAGAAACAAAGGAAGCCAACCUCCACAAAAAGCAAAAGUCUGCCAAACUCAGCAACUGUGAAGAAAACAGUGGCCAGUACCCAGGAAAGUAAGAGAGCGGAGACUUCAUUGCUUCAGAGCAUUGAGUAACACUGCCCAACCUGUGGAGGCUCCUGUGGAGGACACCUCAUAGUGACAGGCACUCGUGACCUGAUGGGUGGGAUAACUUGAGCUCUUUGCCUUACAAUGUUGUUUUGAAGCCAUCCUGAUGCUGAUGCCAGCAGAAAGAAAGGAGCUGACUCUAGCACCCAGCUAGGUAAGAAUUAACACCAGGUUAAGUUUUGGAGACUCAGGAGCCACCUGCCUGAGUUUCUCGCAAUUCUUCUGUACACUUAUAUCUGCACAUUUUGAGUCUUGGACUUUGUGUGUAACACAGGUCACUGGAGAACAUCUUCCUUCCUGUGUAUUUAUGCCAGUGACCCUGUGGGAUCAGCUGCUAUGUAAACAUCAAUAUAUCUAAGAUACCACUUAGUAAAAGUUUUGCACUGGUAUUGUUGUUUGGGCUGCUCUAGAACAAGAUCUCUGUGUAGUUGUGAUCCUGCUCCUGUGUUUUUUCUCCCAGUUACAUCUCCCAGUUACAGUCCUAGUGCAAGAUAAAGUCACUGAUGGUUGUACCUGCCCAUCUUCUGUCCCCACAGAGAGGGGCUAGCAUCUUUAGGGCUCUCUCACAAUGAGAACCAGCUAACCACCAAAUAUAUGGAAACUAGGAAACUUCCGUGAUUCUCCACAGAAUUCCUUGCUUCCCAAAUACUUGACUCUAUGAUAAACCUCAUGGUGGAUAAACCUACAUAAACCUACUUCAGGACUUGCACCAAGUCAGUUGCAGAAUAGAGGUUUGGACUCUGCAGUCUCCCUGCAGCUGAACAGCUGCCACCUGAAAAAAAAAAAAAAAAAAAAAAAGAAAGAACCUAUGCACACUAGAGGUGGAGUACAUUUCAGUACUUUGCAAUAUUUACAAUUAAAAUAUGUGUGACCACUUUUC